AUGGAGGAGACUGGACCGGACCGGAUGGAGGAGAGUCGAUCGCCGAAGGAGCCAAAGGAACCAAAGGCAAAGCAUAAGGUUAAGAAGGUCUUCAAAAAAUCAAAGAGAAGGACGGAGAAGGACAGUGGGCUAACCUCAGUCACUGGGAAUGGCGAACAGCCUGACGAAGCUGAGGGAAGCGAGGAGAUAUCCACAGAGGCUGAGACCUCUCCAAGCCCUUUGCAUAUGGGCCCAGGCUCCAGGCCUGCAGAUCUUAAGGACCGUGCGCUCUUCGGGCAUGGGAGUUCCGAGACAGAACCUGUGGCCCACGAAGGAGAGGCCACGGCAGGAGCGUCAAAGCAUGAGGAUCUCGACACGUUGCGGACGUUGCUCGGAGAAGCGGAAAAGGGGACCGUUGUUUGGGAAGAAGAAGACUGCGAAGGUGAGACAGCUGCAGAGCUCUUUAUCAAAGGGGGCACCGAAAGGUUCAGGAGUUUGUCUAGCCGAGCUGAGAUAGACGUGCGGCAGGCGCUUUGCUGCAUGUUUUACUUCAGGGUGGAACUCACACUGAGGAGAACGUCAGAGUUCUUGAUUUUCCUCUUGGCCGAAGCCCGCGUUCGCUUGGAGGAGGACCUAGAAGAAGGGGAACGUCUGGCUCGGAUGCAUGGUGAAGUACAGCAGACAGCCAUCGUCCUUGUUGAGAAACUCCGGGCAAACGACCAGGAGAUGCUUUGGAGCACACAAGCCGGUCUUGAGAUCCUGAUGAAAUUCCAACUUGGUGAUGCACGACUCUUCUUUGCCCGCCCUUCAUUGCAGCAGAUCAUGCUCGAUGUUUGGCAAGGUGUCCGUCCAGACUACUUUCAACGAAGCUGGUGCAAGCAGUUGCAGGUUUGGAUGUGGCUGCUCAUGUAUGGCAUACCCAACUUAGUGAUGGUCUUUCUGUGGGCAGUGGCACCUGAAUUUGAGCAAUACAUGCACACCCAAACGAUCUCGCGCGCGGACGCCGCACGACAAGAAGAAGAGAAAAGCUGGCACAAGAUCAGGGAGACCCUUGAGAAGUGGCCUAAGUCCAACUGGCCCUAUACCGUGGAAAGCAAGAAGCAGGCGGUCUGUUUGGAGUGGCCUUAUGCAGGCGCAAAGAGCAAGAGGCAAAAAAAGUGCUGGGACCUUGCUCAAUUCAAUAAAGCGAUCCGAGAGGAAUGUCGUGAGCAAGUCUUUUUGGUUCAAUGCCGCCUUCCACUCCUCAUACCGCGCUAUAAGAAGUAUUUAGCCAUUCUGACCAACCUUGCAUUUGCUGCUUACUUGAUCGGAGAAACACCCGAUGAAGCUAACGCAGUGGCUGUGCUCAUCCUGAGCGCUGGUGCCUGGCUAGGCGAGGUGGCGCAGCUUUUAAGCUUUGCAAAUUCCAAGGCUGGAGCGCAGAAUUCUUUCUCCUUUUGGUUUAUGGAUCGAGUGAACGUGAUGGAGUUGAUCGCCUUCACUUGCAUUGCAUGGGCGAGCGUGCUGUGCUUGAUUCAGCAGGAUUGGAUUGAGUUUGCUCAGCAGUUCAAAGCCUUAGGGGUCCUCUUCCUGGGCAUUUCCCAAUGCAUGGCCAUGUUGCGCAUGAGUUCCGUCUUUGGCCCCUUGGUGUCCAUGACGAUGAACAUGAUCGUAGACAUGAUCCAGUGGGUGACGCUGCUGGCCCCCAUCAUCGCAUGUCUCGUAGCCGCUUUGAUCACCCUCUUUAAGACGAAACAGGAGAGCGAUUGCCUGCCAUUUGGAUCCAACUACUUGAGGGGAGUUGUCGCCUUCUUCGAGGUCCAAAUCGGCCAGGAUCUGGAAUUUGAAUGCCUCCGAGAUCCGGAGAAGUCGCCUCACACGGUCACCGGGCCGCUCAUUAUGAUUUCGGGUAUGUGGAUGAUUCAGAUCUUGAUGCUAAACAUGCUCAUCGCAAUGAUGGCCAAGACCUUUGAUCGCAUCUACGAAUCUGCCAUGGUGGACUUUCAGUACCAAUUUAUCGGGAGCUUGCUGCAGAUGGUGGAAGAACCGUCCGUGCCGCCUGUUUUGCGGACCUUGGGGUUACCUUGGAUGAUGUGCUGCACCUUAUGGCGGUGGACCAAGGGCAGUCGUGAGCAGAUCACCAAGAAGAUAUGGACGACGCAGAAUGAGAGCAACUCAGAGGUUUGGUUGCGCUUGUCGAGCUUUCAUGCCAUGCACCGAGAACAGCAGCAAAGAGAUGCAGUUUCGGGAGAAGUAAAGAUCAGAGGGGACGAAGAUGGCAGACCCACAGAUCAUGACCAGUGCAUCGAUCUUCUCUACAAGAGCGUGACCUCCUUCAUCUCAGAACAUGCCUCAGACACACAGGUGCAAGACGACCUUUGGCGGAAGCAGAUGGCGCAAAAGAUUUGUUCGGUGGACAUGAAGCUGGAGACGAAGGUGGAUGCCUUGACGACCAAACUCGACACAUUGACCCAGACUUUGGAGGCUCUACUUCCGGAUAGCAAGAAGGCCAGGAAGUCGGAGGCCGCAAGGAGAACCUCCGAUGGCGAGACGCCCAGUGACCACUGCACCUCGGUCCCGAGGAUGCAGUGUGGCUUUCAGAGCGCCGCGACCCUGCACUCCUCCAUUGCGUCAGCUUCCUGCCGGCUGAGUGCCUGGGACCGUGGCCAGGCUGAGUGGACCAGCCAAGGCAAGAAUCGGGAGGGCAAGGACUUUGGCUUGACCUCGGUCAUUGGGAAUGGCCAGCAGCCCGACGAAGCCGAGGGAAACGAGGAGAUCUUCACCGAGACUGAGACCUCGCCAAGCCCUUUGCACAUGAGCCCAGGCACCAGAUGUCCUGACCAGGAUGGUCAGCUUUUGGCUGAUUUGGAGAGUUCCGAGAUGGAGACCGAAGAGCCAAACCCGCCGAUGGAGCCCGCGGCCAGUGCUGCGGCCAUCGCAGGUGGAGCGUCAAAGGAAGAGGAUCUCGAUGAGUUGCGGAAGUUGUUCAAAGACGUGGAGAAGGGUCGCGUUUGGGACGAUGAAGACCAUGGAGGUGAGACGGCUGGAGAGCUCUUCAUCAAGGGGGGGGCAGACAUGUUCAGAAGUUUGUCCCGCCGGGACGAGAAGGAUGUGCGGAAGGCACUUUGCUGCAUGUUCUACUUAAGGGUGGAGCUCACCCUGAGGAGAACGUCAGAGUUCUUGAUUUUCUUACUAGGCGAGGCUCGAGUUCGCUUGGAGGAAGACCUCGAGGAAGGAGAGCGUUUGGCCCGAAUGCACGGUGAAGUGCAACAAACAGCCAUCGUGCUUGUAGAGAAGCUCCGGGCGAAUGACCAGGAGAUGCUUUGGAGCACACAAGCUGGUCUCGUCAUCUUGAUGCAGUUCCAACUUGGCGAUGCACGACUCUUCUUUGCCCGCCCUUCAUUGCAACAGAUCAUGCUCGAUGUUUGGCAAGGUGUCCGUCCAGACUACUUUCAACGAAGCUGGUGCAAGCAGUUGCAGGUCUGGAUGUGGUUGCUGCUGUAUGGCUUGCCCAACUUGUUGAUGGUCUUCCUUUGGGCAGUGGCACCUGGCCUCGAAGAGCACAUUCAAGAGGGAGUGAUCUCCGGUGCUCAAAAAGCCCGAGAAGACGAGACAUCAACAUGGAACAACAUCUUGAAGAAUCUUGGGGAGAAAGACUGGCCGUACAGGUUGGGAAAGAAGCUAUGUUGGGAUCCUGAAGACUUUGAGAAUGCAGUGCGAGAGAAAUGCCGUGAGCGCGUCUUCUUCGUCCAAUGCCGUGUGCCGCUGCUCAUUUCACGCUUCAGGAAAUGUUUGGCCAUCUUCACCAACCUUGCAUUCGCUGCUUAUUUGAUCGGAGAGGAGCCACGCCAGGCCAAUGUGCCGUUGGUGUUGAUCCUAAGUGCUGGUGCCUGGCUGGGUGAGGUGUCUCAGCUAUUGAGCUUUGCGAAUUCUGAUGCUGGGGCACAGAAUUCUUUUGCCUUUUGGUUUAUGGAUCGAGUGAACGUGAUGGAGUUGGUCGCCUUCACCUGUAUUGGAUGGACUUGCGUGCUAGUUUUGAUUCAGGAGGAUUGGACUGAGUUCGCACAGCAGUUCAAAGCCUUAGGCGUGCUCUUCCUGGGCAUUUCUCAGUCCAUGGCCAUUUUGCGCAUGAGUUCCGUCUUCGGCCCAUUGGUGUCCAUGACGAUGAACAUGAUCGUAGAUAUGAUCCAGUGGUGGAUGCUGCUCAUUCCCAUCAUCGGAUGCCUUGUAGCUGCUUUGAUCACCCUCUUCAAGACGAUCAUGAUCCUCAUGCUAAACAUGCUUAUUGCAAUGAUGGCCAAGACCUUUGAUCGCAUCUAUGAGUCGGCCAUGGUGGAUUUUCAGUACCAUUUCAUUGGGAACUUGCUGCAGAUGGUGGAAGAGCCAGCGGUGCCACCCAUUUUGCGGAUGUUGGGCGUGCCUUGGAUGGUUUGCUCCACCUGCUGGCGGUGGAUCUCCAGAAAGAGGAGCGAGCUUUCUGAGAACAAUGGCACCGCAAGCCCGCAAGCUGUUUUGCUGCGCAACUCGAGCUUUCAUGCUAUGCACAAAGAGCAGCAACAAAGAGAUUCAGGUUUGAGAGAAGUCAUGAUCAGAGUUGAUACAGAUGGCAAACUCACAGAUCAUUACCAUUGUGUUGAUCUUCUCUAUAAGAGCGUGACAUCCUUCGUUUCAGAACACGCCUCGGACACACAGGUGCAAGAUGACCUCUGGCGGAAACAGAUGGCACAGAAGCUUUUUCUGAUGGAUAAGGAACUGAGAGAGACAAAGAUAGACACCAUGAACAAGCUCGACAAAUUGACUGAGCAAAUGGACGCGUUGCUUAGAAGCACUGCGAGACAAGCUCAACCCAUGACGAGCUAA